CGAACAAAAUGCGGCUUCAAUCGGCAGCGUGUCUACUGCUCGCCCUGGUGGGCUUCGUGGGAGCCACCGAGUGGUGGGAGAGUGGCAAUUACUACCAAAUCUACCCCCGAUCUUUCCGGGACUCGGAUGGCGAUGGCAUCGGCGACUUGAAUGGCGUCACAGAGAAGCUGCAGUACCUCAAGGACAUCGGUUUCACGGCCACUUGGCUGUCGCCCAUUUUCAAGUCACCCAUGGUGGACUUUGGCUACGAUAUCUCGGACUUCUACAACAUCCACCCAGAGUACGGCACCAUGGAGGAUUUCGAGAACAUGAUUGCCAAGGCCAAGGAGGUGGGCAUCAAGAUAAUCCUAGACUUUGUGCCCAACCACUCCAGUGACCAAAACGAGUGGUUCACCAAGUCGGUGGACAGCGACCCCACCUACAAGGAUUUCUACAUCUGGCACGACGGCAAGAUUAACAACGAGACCGGCGAGCGGGAGCCCCCCAGCAACUGGAACUCAGAGUUCCGCUACAGUGCCUGGGAAUGGAACGAAGUCCGUCAGCAGUACUAUCUCCACCAGUUCACGGUCCAACAGCCGGAUCUGAACUACCGCAAUCCGGCCGUAGUCAAUGAAAUGAAGAACGUGAUUCGUUUCUGGUUGGCCAAAGGUGUUUCCGGUUUCCGUAUCGAUGCCGUGCCCUACCUGUUUGAGGUUGACCUCGAUCGCUACAACCAGUACCCCGAUGAGCCCCUUACCAAUGAUCCAGUAAGCUGCCCGGACCCGGAUGACCACUGUUACACCCAGCACAUUUACACCCAAGACCAGCCGGAGACCAUCGACAUGGUUUACCAGUGGCGCGAGCUGGUGGAUGAGUUCCAGGAGGAAAACGGCGGCGACAAGAGACUCCUGAUGACUGAGGCCUACACCAGCUUCGAAAACAUCAUGCUGUACUACGGCAAUGGAGUGAGGAACGGAUCCCACAUUCCCUUCAAUUUCGACUUCCUGACGAGCAUCUCUAAUACCUCGACCGCUGGUGACUAUGUGGAACACAUUACCAAGUGGAUGAACGCCAUGCCGGUAGGUGUCUACGCCAACUGGGUGCUGGGUAACCACGACAACAAGCGAGUGGCCUCCCGACUGGGAAUCCAGCGUACCGAUCUCAUCAACAUCCUGCUCCAGACAUUGCCUGGACAUGCCGUCACCUACAACGGCGAGGAGCUGGGAAUGACCGAUGUCUGGAUUAGCUGGGAGGAUACAGUGGAUCCUCCUGCAUGUAACUCGGAUCCUGAUAACUAUUAUGAACGCACUCGUGAUCCGGAACGUACACCCUACCAAUGGGAUGCCUCUUCUCUCGCAGGUUUCACCAGUGCCGAUCACACCUGGCUGCCUGUGGCCGAGGACUAUAAGACCAAUAAUGCCCUGCAGCAGCUGCGGGCUCCCCGGUCUCACUUGCAGAUCUUCAAGAAAUUAGUGCGCGUUCGAAAGGAGCCGUCCUUCCGUCAAGGAGAGCUUAACAUUCAGGCCAUUGAUGAUGACGUGAUUAUUUACUCACGCCAAAAGUCUGGAAGCGACCUUUAUGUGAUAGUUCUUAACUUGGGAAGCACUGCCAAGACCCUGGACCUGACCAAGUACUACGCACUGGGCACCCAGGCGGAGGUCAUUACCACCUCUCUUAACUCGCAGUACACCGAUGGUGAGGUUAUUAACCCCACUUCCUUUUCGGCAAGUCCCUAUGUGGGUACGGUUCUAGUAGCUGUGUAACUUUCUAGUAGCUGUAAAAAAUAUUUAGUAGCGAUUCUACACUUUCAAAAUGUAAAUAAAAAAUCAAAAAAAUCUA